UCCAAUACUUUGGCCACCUCAUGAGAAGAGAAGACCCUGAUGUUGGGAAAGAUGGAGGGCACAAGGAGAAGGGGACGACAGAGGACGAGAUGGUUGGACAGUGUUCUGGAAGCUACCAACAUGAGUUUGAUCAAACUGCGGGAGGCAGUGGAAGACAGGAGUGCCUGACAUGCUCUGGUCCAUGGGGUCACGAAGAGUUGGACAUGACUAAACGACUAAACAACAACAAUCAUUGUUUAAUUGUACUGUACAUUGAAAUGGAAAAUGAUUCUGUAUGUGUGUUGCUUAAGGUUUAACAUAGGAAAUUACCAUUGAAGCUAAGUAAGAGCUCCCAGUAAGUGCCUAACAAGUUGGUAAUUAACUAGUAAUGUAUCUCUGCUGGCUCUGUUAUGAACCUAACUUAGAUCACAUAGUAUUCAGUUGCAAAUCGCCAUUUGGAGAGAGUUGCCUUUUUUCUCAAGCCACUGAAGACAAAGGUCAAACACGCUUUGCUCCUAGGCCUUUCCCCUAGGAAACACAGAUCUCACUUCUAACACCAGUGUUAACAACCCCCCCCCCCAAUCUCUGCCAAGCAGUGCACGAAAUUCCAGGGGUCUUGGCCCUCAACAAGGGUCUGUGUCUCUUCAAGGCGAAAUAAGACAGUGCCUGUGAAAUAUGGUUUAUUUACAACCUGAGUGUAGAUGGAGUACAGAAUUUACAGCAUCCUCACCUCAGGAGCAGCUAGUCCUUCCCCAUCACCCAAUGAACCAUCCUAUGUGCCAUCUCUUUGUUCCUGCUUCUCGCCUCCACAGCAGCUCAUUGAAUUCUGCCCCACUCUUUCCCAGCAAACUUUAAGUUUUCUAAAGGGACAAAUUUUCCUGUGACAUCACCCCCCGUCACCUUGGCAACCGGCCAGUUAUCCUGUCUCUGUCCACUCCUUGGAGUGGGAGGGGGCUGAAGUACAGUUCUUUUGCAUUGCCAACAACCCUUAAUGGUGCAGCACCUGGUUCUCCAUGGUUCUUUAAUGGUUCUGCACUUAGCCAGCCCAGCCACGCUGUUUUGCAUAAGCUAACCUCUGCCACUGUUCUCAGAUUGUACUUUCCCUUCAUCAUAUCCCCAAAAUUAGCUAAAUACUACUGUUUAUUGGUUUCUAAUAUUCACUAACAGACUCUGGUACCCCAGCUAUGGAAAUGCGAAUGAUGUAGAAAAAUGAUGGGGGAAAGGAGGGGAAACUCCACAGUUCCCUAACACCUACUUGAUAUUCCAGGGAAUAAACACAAUGUGUGUUAUUUCCCCCCUCCUACUUGGGAAGUAGUAUUUUGGAAUUUCCUGCACCUGCCACUCCUCAGGACUUUUGUCAGUGAAUGGUGAUGUCACAAAAAGGCUCUAUUCCCUCUUCUGUUUGGCUGCACAUACAUCCCUAUAUUAAUUAACCAGCGCUCAAACAAUGCUAUAAAAUCAGCUAACUAGAGUAGGUAAGAGGGAAAUCCCCAUAAUUGCAAAGCGGAACAAACAGCCUUAGGUGAACUGCCAGAGAUCUCGAACAGGUGUUAUAAAUAAGCUGACUGAAGCUAGUUCACUCACAUCUGAAGAGUCAAAUUCUUUUGAUGCACAUAAGCAGCAGCGUGAUCAUGAUGACUGGCUUCAACAUGAAGAAUGUGUCCUUAGCUGUCCUGGUGGGUCUGCUGCUACUCUUGGGCAUGUGUGAAGCCCAGAGCAACCAAGAUUGCUGUCUUUCCUAUACCAAGAAGCCUAUUCCUCGCCGGGUUAUCAUAGGGUUCACAGAACAACUUUCCAGUGAAGUCUGUGACAUCAAUGCUGUCAUAUUUCACACUAAGGGUGGCUUGAGAGCUUGCGCAAAUCCCACAGAUCCUUGGGUGAAGAAACAGCUCCACUUGUUGAGUAAAAAACUCAAUAAGCUUUCACAGUUUCACCGUUUUUGAAAUGAAGCAAGAGACAGAUCCUGGUCAAAGAAACUAAACCAGGUUGAAAUCAUACUUCUGUACACUGUUGUGUGCUUGCUGACCACCAAUCCCUGGAUUUUCUGGAAGCACAAAAACUGAUUCAUAUUGUAUCAAGUAUUUGUUUGAAUAGAGCACCCCAUCCAAGUUGCUUUGUUUGUUUAUGCUGGUUCACAUUUUGUGAUUAACUCAUGUUCUAGUGUUCCUCACUGGGUCAAGUGCACAAGUCUGCCAUAUGAUGUAGAUGGUAAUGAUCACUGUCAUUGGCAAAAGGCUGCUGACAUCAGGUGUACUACUCAUUUGCAAUAUUUAUUUUAUAAAAUUUAUAUACUGCUUGAUUAUAAAAAAAGAACUUUACAAAACUUUAAAGUUGUUGUCCUAUUGCAUGUUAUCUCUGAACUGCAGCUUUUGCUUGGACAUUAUUUUUAGAUGAAUAAUAUAACAGUUCCAUUGUGCAUAUGUUGCUACAUGCACACACACACACACACACGGAGAGAGAGCAAGAGAGAGAUUUGUAGGUUUAGGUAUAUAGACCUUUUAAUGUUUGAAGAACACAAGACAAGACAAUGCUUCAUCUAGUCCAAUAUCCUGUCCUCACAGUGGCCAGGAGACACCUGUGGAAAGCCUGCAAGCUGGACAUGAGCGCAAAACACUCUGCCUACCUGUGAUUCCCAGAUGAUUCAGAAGUUGCUAUACAAGUACAUAUCCAUGGGAGGAUUGGAGGGUGGUAAUACGAGAUUGGGCCUUUUCAGUGGUGGCCCCUAAAUUGUGGAAGGCACUCUCCCAAGGGAGGCAUGCCUGGCACCGCACAUAUCAAUUUUUAGGUGUAGGCAGACUUUUCUCUUUACCUGGGCUUUUGGCUCAAAAUCCAAAGGGUAGCCUCUCUUAGUGGGGUGGGAUCAGUAAGUUCUGAUCUGUUUUCUCUGUGUUUUUAGAUGCUUGUUAGGUGUCCUUAAGUGGUUUUAAUGCAAGUUGCUUUGGGUCACCUUGUGAAAAAAGCAAAUAACAAAUACAAUAAAUAAAUAAACAUGUAAGAGAAACUGGAAUAUGAACAAAUAAACUUAUAUCGUGCAAUAAUAUUGCCUAUGCUGUAUUGUGGAUAUUAUGUAUUUAGGGCUAAAGACAAGA